AUGGGCAAAUUAGAAGUGAGAUUGUAUGGCAACCAUGUUUGGUUGAACCGAUUCCACAGUUGCCUACCUAAAUCAUUAUAUGACCAGGUACCCUCUAUUAAGUGUGCGAAAGUGAAAAUCUCAGUACCAAGGGAAGGUGAAGGAAGGGAAAAGAACAAUGAAGAAGGGAACAAUAUUGAAUGGGAACAGUUAAGGGAAGAAGCAACAUCAGUAGCAGCUGCUCUACUUGGAGCUCGAAGUGCAAGAAAACGUUACAUUGGGGUGCGCCAAAGAUCUUCAGGGAGAUGGGUGGCUGAGAUCAAAGACACCAUUCAUAACAUUAGACUAUGGUUAGGUACUUAUGACACUGCUGAAGAUGCUGCUAGAGCUUAUGAUGAAGCAGCUCGUUUGCUUCGUGGUGCUAACACUCACACAAAUUUCUUUCAUUCCCACUAA